AUGAGCUUCUACACUUCCUCCUCCUCCCAGAAAACUCACAACCUAAACACCCGCCAGUCCCCCGACCCGGACUCCUCGCCGGCCUCUUCACCCGGCGCCAUCACCCCCACCACUUCUCACACCGAAACCGCCGGCUCAUCGUAUUUCUCCAACUUGCUCUGGGGCGGUCUCUUCCGGCGAUUCACUUCCGAACCCUCUCCUUCCCUGUCGACGGAAAACAGUCCCCCAACUCUCCGACACGCGCACACUUACCAGCCAGACGGCGAGGACGACGGUAGGAAUCUGGGCAAGAGUGUGGACGGGAUAUACACCCCUCCGCAUUUCCACCACAGGGUGCCGUCGCCCAUGGGCCUGCCGCAAUUAGAACCUCUGCAGCUUCUCGGCUUUAGCGCUCGCACGAGGACAGAAUCGAGGUUGCUCACCCCGGCGAUUGCGGAGGAGGUGCGGAAUCUGGUGCCUACCCGCUUGUCGAUUGUGGACGAGUGGAAUCUGGUGUACAGUCUUGAUCAAGACGGGUCGAGUCUGGCGACGUUGUACGACAAGUGUGAUAGGUACCGGGGGAAGAGGGUUGGGUUUGUUUUGGCUGUGAGGGAUACUGAGGGUGGUAUCUUUGGAGCCUACCUCUCUGACGUCCCCCACAUCGCACCCAAUUACUUUGGCACAGGCGAGUGCUUCCUCUGGAGGGCCUCGGUUCAGGCACCCCUGCCCCCACCACCGUCACUCAUCGACAGCGAAGACACCCCCGACGUGGGCAGGAGCACCACCAUCAGGGCCGAGCAAAACGUCGCGUCUGGCCAGGUGAACGCGCACUCCAUCCGGUUCAAGGCGUUCCCUUACAGCGGCGUGAACGAGUACUACAUGCUCUGCGGGCAACAGUUCCUCUCGGUGGGCGCCGGCGACGGGAGGUUUGGUCUCUGGCUGGACAGCGGACUGGAAAAGGGGGUGAGCUCGACGUGCCAGACUUUUGGCAACGAGCCGCUGAGUGAUGAAGGGGAGAAGUUUGGGGUUUUGGGGGUGGAGUUGUGGGUGAUUGGGGCUUAG